UCGUGUCAGGAUGGAAUAUCCUUAGCCGCCAUCUUGAAUAGGAAGAGCUGCGAAACCAGUUUGUAAGCCCUAAACCCUUAAAUCGGUAUUGUAUCAGAGACUGGAAACAGCAAAUAGUUAGAAAUAUGUGUCUGUGAACUUAUUUAAUCAAAACCUUUCAACAUUGUGCAGUCGAUUAAUCAUAAUAGUCUGACGAUGAAGUGGCUUCGUUUCGAGCUUCUUCUCUGCUGUUAUUCGGAGGAGUGGAGCACGAAAAAAGACAGUCUCUGGGGCUGCGAAUGCAUUGUUCCAGUUUGGGAUCGAGAUCAAAGACUUAAACCUGGAUAAUUGUCGAGUUACUGAAAUUGAGGGGUUGACCAGUGAUUUCAGUGCCUUGGAGUCCUUGAGCAUGAUAAAUGUUGGCCUUCAGUCAUUAAACAAUUUCCCAAAGCUUGGCAAUUUGAAAAAGCUGGACUUGAGCGACAAUAGGAUAUCAGGUGGUCUGCAGGCUCUUACAGGAUGCCCAAAGCUCACAUAUCUCAGCCUCAGUGGGAACAAAAUCAAAGACAUUGAAGCCCUCAAGCCUUUGAAAGAUCUGCCCAAUCUGAAGAGCUUGGACCUGUUUAACUGUGAAGUAACAAACAUGGAAGACUACAGGGAAAAAGUGUUUGAACUUCUGUCACAAAUUUCAUACCUUGAUGGGUUUGAUCAGAAUGACAAAGAAUGUGAGGAUGACGAAGAAGACGGGGAUGACAUGGAUGGUGAGGAUGAUGACGACGACGAUGAUGAUGAAGAUGAUGACGAAAACGACGAUGAUGAUGAAGAAGUGGAAGGGGAAGAAGAGGUUGGUCUUGACUACUUGGUCAAGGGAGAUAUCGAUGAUGAUGAAGAGGAAGAAGAUUUUGAGCCAGAAGGUGAUGAUGAUGAAGAAGAGGAUCUUGGAGGAGAAGAUGAUGAUGAUGAUGGAGAGGAUGGUGAGGAGAAUGAAGAAGAGGAUGGAGAGGAAGAUGAGGAGGAAGAGGAUGAAGAAGAGGGAGGGCGAGGGACAAAAAGGAAGCACGAAGAGGAGGAAGAGGAUGAUGAUGAUGCAUAACUUGUCUGUCACAACAUCAUGGCAUACAGCAGUCUUUUCUCACACACACUCCAUCCUUCAUAAACCACCCACCCAUCCCAUUGUUCAUAUUGUCAUCCAGUCAUCCAUGUAUCCAUUUUGUCACCCCCAUCUUUACUUUGUUCUCCAUGCAAGAGAUGGGAGUUCCUGAAUGAGAAGAAUGGUCAGAGUGAAUGUAAAUGUUUUGUGGUUUGUAUCGGAAUCAUAACAAUGGAAGCUUACAUGUCUGUCUGUUCACACCAUGUACUUAUAAAACAGAAUGUUUAAAUGAUUUUUACUUUGUUCUCCUAGCCAGCGGUUCUUAUGAGGGAGGUACACCAAAAAGAAAAUGUGAAGUGUCAGUGGUUUUGCUAGACAGUUAAUGAAAAGCAGCAUAUUUGGAUGUCUUGUUCCUCUUAUGUCUUUAGAUUUGCAGGUGAGCCUUUAGAAAAUCCACAUCAGAUACACAGCCAAACUUAUUGUGUGUUAAUUUUUUUAAAACAGGUUCUCAGAAUAUUGAAAGUCUACCUUCCAUUAGUGUCAGUUCAUAUUGUGAGAUUAUUCCAUUUACGCAAUGUCACAAGCGAGUGGCAGCAUGCAAAAAUGCACACAGAAAAAACUUUAAGGUUUUGUAAGUUGUCCCCUCAGCCUUGUUUUUGAUUUAAAGAGCAGAAAUAUAGGUCUUGAUUGCUUAUUAUAUUUUAAGCAUGAAACAUAGAAUCUUUUGCAUGGAUAUCCUAUGGCCAAUGACUUUUUCUGAGCAGUAAUAAAUUUACACAACACCAAAAUUUUGUGGUGCAUUUUUUAAAAUACUUUUUCUGAGAGGAUCAAAUAGCAUCAUUAUAUAGCCUCUUUAGAGUGUUAAUUUUUUUAAUAAACUUCUAUAAAGUAACAAGUCAACUGUCAAUCAAUUUGUUGGCUGCAAAGAAAGUUUGUUCUGCUUAAUACAACAGUGGAAGAAGAACAUAGCUUUUUACACCAUCCAGUUUGAUGAUUUAAGUAUUAUUUUUCUUUCCUUUUCCUAGUGCUUUAAUCUGCUAUGCAACAGAAGUGAAAUACAUAAGUGCCUGGUGUAUAUUUCAUCAAACUUGAAUACUUGCAGGCAUUGGAUUGCUUUAGUAUUGUAGUUGAUAUUUUUUUUUUAACAAUAAAAACCUGAGGAUUAGUACAUUUAAACUUUGCUCAGUCUGUAAUGUUAAUGGUAACUAAAAGGUUUCAUAUGCAAGAAUAAUGCUAUCUGGCAUCUUGAAAAAUUCUUUUCUGUGUUGCUGUUCUCGUUUAUUAUGAUCAUCCGAUCCUGUUGUCGCCCACUUUAGACCGGCAAUGAUAUUGGAAUGUGAAGAGAACACUGUAACAUCUAGUUUUGUAGAAAUUUGUCUUUGUUUUUUGGGAGGGAGGCAAAAAUGAACAAGCAUAAAGUAGGACGUACUCCAGGGUUGGGGGGGGGGACUUUCCAAAACCUUGUUCCUGGAAGUAGUGCUGCUAAGCCCUAAAAAGGUUUAAUGGUGACAAUGAGAUUUUGACGUGCUUAAAGCUAAAGUGCAUUUGAAUGUGUAACUUGCUGUCAGUACAAUACUGCCAUUACAGAAAGCUUAUGUUUAACUAUGCAUGUUAUGCAUAAAAAAUUUAUUUGGAAUACACACCAAUGAAUGUUUAGGAAAUGCAAUCUGCUCUCUUCCGGAAGUUUUUUUUAAAUGGUAAGAUCUGUUUGCUACACAAAGACUUUCAGCAGUUACACCUCUUUGUAGGGUUGGAUUUUUUUUUAACAGAUUGUGCGCAAGCUGACAGUUACCCUAAGAAAAGUAGGGCACCAUUUUUGUUGGCUGGUUGAAGUUCAGUUGUCGGACAAUUUCAUGUUAUAUUUUUAAGUUAUUUGUGCAUUUUCUUUUUGAACACAUCAUCCCAUUUGGUAAAAUUCUAAGUAAACCAUGUAAAUCUUUGCAUA